AAGAGCCCCGGUGCCGCUGCUGCUGCUGCUGCGCGCGGCUGACUGACGGACCGGAGGGGACCGCGCGCACAGCCACCACUGCGUCCCGGGAUACUGACAGACACAACCACGCAUCCCCGGUGGAUAUUUACUGAAACACGCGGGACGGCAGGUUUUUCACCAUGGAGGGAUUGGUGCUGCGACUGGAGCAGGCUGUGACCCGCCUGGAGCAAAUGUCCAUCACAAUGCAGGCGCCCAGAGGAUUGGCGAAUGGGGACUGCGUCAACGGCAUCGUCGGAGACGUGUCUCGGAGCGUGGAAGCCUUCGACCUGCUGCUGACCGGCCCGGUGUCCGAGUACCUGAGCCACAGCCGGGCUAUCGGGAGCGAGGUGGAGAAACAUGCGGAGAUGGUGAACAAGGCCCUGCAGACUCAGAGGACCUUCCUCAAGAUGGCCGCCACACACCAGGAACCUGCAAAGCCUGAGCUCCACGACCUGCUGAAGCCGAUCUCAGAUCACAUUCAGGACAUCCAGAGCUUCAGGGAGCACAACCGCGGGAGUCAGCUGUUCAACCACCUGUCGGCCGUGAGCGAGAGCAUCCCCGCUCUGGGCUGGGUGGCCGUGAGUCAGAAGCCCGGGCCGUAUGUGAAGGAGAUGAACGACGCCGCCACCUUCUACACCAACAGAGUGCUGAAGGACUACAAGGAAACGGACAGACGCCAUGUGGACUGGGUGCGCUCGUACCUGUCAGUCUGGACCGAGAUGCAGUCGUUCAUCAAGCAGCACCACACGACGGGACUGGAGUGGAGCAAGAGUGGUCCCAUCGCUCCCGCUUCUCUCUUCAACCAGCCUCCAGCCCAGAGCGCUCCUUGUCCACCUCCUCCUCCUCCUCCGCCUCCCCCAGGCCCCCCGCCGGCCUUCUCCGAUGACGGGUCCAAGCCGCAGGCAGACAGCGCAGCGGCUCAGCACUCGGCACUGUUCGCCCAGCUCAACCAGGGCAUGGACAUCACGAAAGGUCUGAAGCAUGUGGCAGACGACCAGAAGACCCACAAGAACCCAAAUCUACGCUCCAGUAAGACCAAGAGCAAAAGCAAGAACCCCAAACCGGCCAGCUCGCCCAAAGCAGCCGCCCAGAAGAAAGCUCCAGUGCUGGAGCUGGAGGGGAAGAAGUGGAGGGUGGAAAACUUUGAGCAGAAGCAUGACCUGGUGGUCGACGACACGGAACUGAAACAGGUGGUUUACGCCUUCAACUGUAACAACUGCACCCUGCAGGUCAAGGGCAAAAUCAACUCCAUCAUCAUCGACAACUGUAAGAAGCUGGGCCUCGUUUUUGAGAACGUCGUGGGGAUUGUGGAGAUCAUCAACUGCAAAUCCAUUCAGCUACAGGUGCUGGGUAAAGUUCCCACUAUUUCCAUCAACAAGACGGAGGGCUGCCAGGUCUACCUGAGCAAGGACUCCCUCAACUGCGACAUCGUCAGCGCCAAGAGCUCCGAGAUGAACAUCCUCGUACCAGAAGGGGACGACGAUUACAAAGAGUUCCCGGUCCCCGAGCAGUUCAAGACGGUCUGGGACGGCUCCAAGCUGGUGACAGAGCCCACAGAGAUCGCGGGCUGAUCGCUGCUCUGCCUUCAUCACCAGCAAUAAACAUAAUAUAUCCGUCCACCUGAUGCCAGAUAUACAAAUGGUGUUUUCAUUAAGAGGAGCUGUAUCAAACUCAAUGUAGGAGCACUUGUUUCAGCAGCAGUCUGUGUAGCAUUUUUUAGCUAUUUUCACUUUAUUAAACCAGUCUUUAGACACAGAAUCUUUCAAAUCACAGCACAACCCCACAUUAUUGGCACCACAGGAAAUCCACCAAGUUAUCGGGAAUGAUGAAUAUCUCAGGUCUGACUGCCACAAACUGGUUCAUUGUUUUGGCAUUUAUGUGUGAAUGGUUUAAAGAUAGGUGAACUUUAUGUUGGACAUUUAUCAGGUUUCAGCAACACACUUUAAAAAAAAAAAAGUCCUGGUUAUCAUUAUCAUUAACUUUACUUUCAAAUUUCACUAAUUAAUCAAAGUUUUAAAAGUAAAAAAAAAAAGAACAUGCAUAUCCAAUAAUUAACAA